AAUCCAAACCACCCAAAAAUAUUAGUAGUACUAUGAACCAAACUAGAAGCAGACCAGAGAGAGGAAAAUUCUCUGUACUGGUGAAUUCUUCUCUCUCAUGGAAACCAUUCUCUCUCCUCACCCUUUCUGUCCUCUCCUCACCCCCAAAUCCUCCUCUUCAAAACCCCUCCUUCUCCCCUCUCUCCAACCCAGAUCAAAAUCUCCAUUUUUCACAAAACCCAUCAAUUGUAGCCUCAAAAAACAUUCCAAACAAUCAUUUGAGCAAUCUUUUGCAACACCCAGAAGUUGGUUUUCUCAUGUGCAGCAUGGAUUGGCCGCCCUCUCCAUUUCUCUGGCACUCAACUUCUGCCCAGUUCUGCACAGUGUUCCUGCAUUGGCUUCUGAAUUUGAUGUGAUAAACGAUGGCCCGCCGCAGGAAUCGUACCUCGUGGAUGAUGCCGGUGUGCUCAGCCGGGUUACAAAGUCCGAUUUAAAGCGGUUGCUGUCGGACUUGGAGUCGAGGAAGAACUUCCACAUUAACUUCAUCACUGUUCGCAAGCUCACUAGCAAAGCUGAUGCAUUUGAGUAUGCUGACCAAGUAUUGGAGCGCUGGUAUCCCAGUGUUGAAGAAGGCAACAACAAGGGGAUUGUAGUUCUUGUUACCAGCCAAAAAGAAGGGGCAAUCACCGGUGGCCCUGCUUUUAUCAAGGCAGUCGGCGAUGGAAUUCUUGAUGCCACUGUGUCAGAGAACCUUCCCGUCUUGGCAACAGAAGAGAAGUACAACGAAGCCAUUUACAGCAGUGCGAAACGGCUAGUUGCUGCCAUUGACGGACUUCCAGAUCCCGGUGGGCCUCAGGUCAAAGACAGCAAAAGGGAAUCUAACUUCAAAACCAAGCAAGAGACAGAAGAGAAGCGUGGACAGUUCACUCUUGUAGUUGGAGGUUUGUUAGUGAUUGCCUUCGUUGUUCCCAUGGCACAAUACUAUGCUUAUGUCUCCAAGAAAUGACUUAUACUUCUAUCCCAGAAAUGAGUUGUAUAUUGAAAACUUUGUACAGAUGGCCAUGCGGAACAAGCGGUUAAUGAUAAAUAUUUGGCAAUCAGAUGGUAACAAACGAAUUUUGAGU